AUGGACCAGAUGGACAUCGGUUCUUGGUCUACAAUGCAAAGUUCGCUCUCGGACGGCACAGAGUACCAGCUCCUCCUUGCGCCCGACCGCUACCCUGUUCCACACAUUCAGGACUUCUCAGCCCACCUGGCAGGCAAAAUCUUGUUCUCCAAGGUCGACCUGGUGCGCGGGUAUCACCAGGUUCCCGUGCACCCCUCAGACGUUCCCAAGACAGCUGUAAUCACUCCGUUUGGACUGUUCGAGUUUCUGAGGAUGCCGUUUGGUCUUAAAAACGCGGCACAAUCUUUCCAGCGUUUAAUGGAUUCUGUGCUCAGGGACUUGCCAUUUGUGUUCGUCUAUUUGGAUGAUAUCCUCGUCGCCAGCUUCUCGGAGGAUGAACAUCUGAUGCACCUCCGCGACCUCUUCGCAAGACUUGAGCAGCAUGGCCUGAUCAUCAACCCGGCAAAGUGUGCUUUCGGGGUGCCCUCUAUCCAGUUCCUCGGGCACCUCAUAGACAAGAACGGCGCCGCCCCCUUUCCGGCAAAGGUGGAGGCCGUCUCCGCUUUUCCCCGACCUCGCUCGGCUCGGGGCCUCUGGGAGUUCCUGGGGAUGGUGACUUUCUACCACCGGUUCAUCCGCCGGGCGGCCCACAUCAUGCGCCCGCUCUAUGAGGCUCUUAAAGACAAGGCCCCCAACCGGGACAUUGACUGGACGGCCGAGAGGAUGGAAGCCUUCGAGGCUACGAAGGCCGCGCUGAGUCAUGCCGCUAUGCUGGCCCACCCGACCCACGGGGCCCCUGUCGCUCUCACUACCGAUGCAUCGGACUACGCUGUUGGAGCCGUAUUCGAACAGUGGGUCGGUGGCGCCUGGCAACCGCUUGCCUUUUUCAGCCGUCAGCUGGUCCCCAGGGAGCGCAAAUACAGCACGUUCGAUAGAGAGCUCCUCGGCCUCUGGCUGGCGAUCCGCCACUUCCGCUCCCUAUUGGAAGGCCGUGAGUUCACGGCAUAUGUGGUGCCCGAGCCGUGGUUCGUGUGGCGCGGUCUCAAGAAAGAUGUGCAGGCCUGGGUCGACUCGUGCGUGGCCUGUCAGCGGGCUAAGGUGCAUCGCCACACAAAAGCCCCCUUGGAGCCCUUCGCUGUCCCCGAGAGGAGGUUUGACCACGUCAACGUCGGCUUGGUAGGUCCACUUCCUCCCUCGCACGGAUUCACCUACUUGCUCACCAUGGUGGACAGGACGACCCGCUGGCCCGAAGCCGUUCCACUCUCCUCGACAACGUCGUCAGACGUGGCCCGGGCGUUCAUCGGCACGUGGGUUGCACGCUUCGGGACACCGUGCGACCUUUCCUCAGAUCGUGGUCCUCAGUUUACCUCUGAACUCUGGAACGCAGUCGCUGAGAGUUUGGGGGUCAAGCUGCACCGCACUACCGCCUAUCACCCCCAGGCGAACGGUCUUUGCGAGCGGUUCCACCGCUCCAUGAAAGCAGCCCUGCGUGCCGGCUUGACGGACGGAAACUGGUUGGAUAAGCUCCCGUGGGUCAUGCUCGGCCUCAGGUGCGCCCCCAAGGAGGACCUGUUGUCCUCAUCCGCCGAACUCGUCUACGGCCAGCCACUGCGGGUCCCCGGCGAAUUCAUCCCGGACGCCACAGUGCCCUGGUCCGCAGCCAGGCAACGGUCCUCCCUGCUGGAGGCCGCAAAAGGGUUCGCGCCGGUUCCCAUGUCGCAACAUGGCACCCCAGCUGCCCGGCUGCCCCGUCACCUGCGCUCUGCGGAUUUUGUGUUUGUUCGUCAUGACGCCCACCGUGGACCUCUGCGCCCCCCAUACGAUGGGCCGUUCAGGGUCCUGGAGCACAGGGAUAAGAGCCUGAUAUCCGUGGAGCGGACUAAUAUGAGUCUAAAUGAGAGUUAUAGCUCGUUUAUUUGA